UUAAUAAUUCUGUGGGCUUUUCAUCUAUAGAUCACAAAGUGCUUUACCAUUGUCCCCAUUUUACAGAUGGAGAAACUGAGGCACAGUGAGGGGCCGUGACUCACCCAUGGUCACUGGCAAAGCAGGGCAUAGGCCCUAGGUCUCCUGACUCCCAGUGCAGUGCCCAGUCCACUGCCUGGCCAGGAUUUUCAUCCCCUCCGUGUAUGCCCAUGUCUCUGUAUUCAGGGGUGUAAACGGCUACGUGGCAGGAGGGGGUGGAAGAGAGCAUAUAGGACGGUGUGUUAGGGAGUGGGGUGCAACAUGUGUAGGCAUCUACUCGGUGUAUUGAAUGGGGAGGGGAGUAACAGUUGUUCUGUAGAGUGGGAGGGGUGGAUGGCACAGAUGGGGUUCAGUGACAGAUUUUGUAUAGAGAUGGUGAUAGGGUCUGGGUGCUUAUUUGGGAGGGACGAGGCAUCUUCCCAUGUCCUGUAAUUCACCCGUCCAACCCAGGCAGGUUCGCAUUUGUUUCCCUAUAGGAGGCAGUUGUGAUUUUGGGGGUGCCUAUAACAGAAUCCUUAGCCUGGAGAGUCAGAUAUUCAGGGGUUAAAGCCACUUUUACCAUAAGGCUAAAAUUCCCCGCUGGAAAUUCCCAGCUGACCAGCAGGGUCAAGAGCCUACUAUCCGAGGGCUGGUGCUUACUAUCAGGGGGCGGUUCCUAGUUAAGUCUUAAAAAGGUGCGUGAGGAUGGGACUUCUAGGCAGAAAGAGAUCGGCCCCAGGCAGAGUCCAUCCAGCUGGCUGGUGGGAAAGAAUCCGCUACCUGCAGAUCCCUGUCACGGAGAAGAGAUUAGCUGGAGUGAAAACAUUUCCCUGUAGCCACAGCAAUGGAGCCAACUCCUCUCCUCCUGCUCCUCGGUCUGGGCUGGACUUGCAGCGGCCGGCUGACCGUGCUGCCCCAGGAAGCGCUAGUCCAGAUUGGAGGAUCCAUUCAGUUGAACUGCUCCUUGGACUGUCCGGAUGGGACGCCCCAGUGGAAGGGGCUGGACACCAACCUGGGGAACAUCAUCUCCACCCCCACCUAUAGCCUCCUGCUCAUCACCAAUGCUACCGUAGCCAUGGAGGGCACGAAGUUCUGCGUGGGGAACUGCCAAGGGAAGUCCCACCAGGGGUCGACCAACCUGCAAGUGUACUCUCUUCCAGAUACAUUGCAGCUGGAAACCCAGCCCAAGGAGCUGGUGGCUGGGCAGCCAGCCCAUCUCCACUGCUCUAUUAGCAAGGUGUACCCACCCGACUCCUUGACUCUGAGCUGGUAUUGGGGGGACCAGAGAUUGGAGAUCCCAGAUGCUGAAGAAGUGGCUGAUGACGAGGAGCUGUUCAGUUAUGACUCUGAGCUGGAGAUCCCAGGGGAGAAGGUGACAGAGGGCAUGGAGUUCAGGUGUGAGGUGGAGCUGCUGCUGCCAUCAGACAGGAGUUUCCACCGGGCCACAGCGGUGACUGUGAGCACAAAAGCUGUGGCAGAACAGCCCACAACUGAGUCAGUCACUGGCCAAGAGAAUCCCACAACUGGGCUUGGGGCUACUACAGGGAACCCCCCUGCUACUGACCGCAGCCCCACAACUGGGCUUGGGGCUACUACAGGGAACCCCCCUGCUACUGACCGCAGCCCCACAACUGGGCUUGGGGCUACUACAGGGAACCCCGCCACAGAACUGACUUCUGCAGAGAGCCCCACCACAGAGUUCAUUGUCACAUCGCACAAGCCCAGUGCCAAAGCCACCUCUGUCCACUGGCUGGUGACCACAGAGACCCUCGCCACCGAGUCCAGGGCUGCCUCACAGCACCCCAGUGCAGACUGGAGCCCCAGCACUGCCUCGAGUUCUGCUACAGAGAACCCCACCACAGGGGAUGUGGCUAGCACAGAGAACCCUCUGACCAAGAAAGCCACUAGUGACAGGAGCCGCAGAACAGAGUCUGUCUGCAACCUUCAGAUCAGGCCUGUCCCUCCUAAAGGGACCACCGGGGAAGCCCUGAAGAUCAUAUGCGAGGCAGAGUGCGGUGAGAAUGUUACCAUCAGGUGGCUGAAAACCCCUGUGGUGCUCUCUCAGUACCAGGAGGAGGCGUCUGAGGGCAAAUCCACCCUGACUGUUGACCGUGUAGGUCUCGACCACCAAGGGAUCUAUGAGUGCUUUAUGCUGAGCAGGAGACUCCAGGUGGCGAGACUCCACAUCGCUGUGUCUGCUGACAUCUUCAGCACUGACUCCGCCAUCCUGGUCGGGACGGCAAGCUCUCUCCUGGGCCUGAUAGUGACAGCAUUUGCGUCACGUCGCCUGUGGCGACGACUCCACCCACCGGGCGUGAAGAGCUCUAAGGGGAACAGCGUUUAGGUGUCUGUGGCCCCGUCGUGACUCGUUUUGAACAUUCAUCCUCUUUCCACUGACCAGCUUGCCUGUUGUUCUGGAAAGCUUGGUAUUCGAGCCAGUCAGGCCCCUCGACCUGCACCCAGCCAGAGACGGGAGUGGAGGAGCUGCCCGAUGCUUGGGCCGCUGUUGGGAGAGCUGGGUAAAUGGUCAAGUUGGAAGCUGCCCAGCAGAGCUGAGCAGACCUUUGAGUUGACCAGUCUCUUUCCUUUCCUCCACUUCACUCCUUAGCAUCAUGGUUUCCUCUGGUUUCAAGUGCAGUGGGAGCAUUUUGCUCCAAAGUCCAGGCAGGUGCUGAGACUUGGAUCCUACAGACACACCUGUGGGACUCAGACAAGAGAUGAACAGGUCACAGGUGUCAGGGUACGGCAGUUUCUAAAACAGACCAAUGGAUUUUCCCUUCACAGUAUAUUGAAAACUCUCUCCUUGCUUGAGGCUUCCGGCCGAGGAGAUGCCAGUAAUAUUUCCUGUAGGAUUGGUUUGAAAUCCCUGAUCCUUUCUGGAUUUGCCACGUUUCUUUUCAUGGUUGCUCCUGUUUUUGUUCCCAAGUAUGUUGGGUAUUUCCAGUGGGGGUGGGGAAGAGAAG